AUGCAUGCAUCUGCAGCGGCCGCAGCUAUAAAGGAGCUUCACAGCCAAGUCCUGCCGUUCCUGGUGUCUCUGGUGCACCACUACACCCUGGUGGCGGUGGCACAGCAGGCUGGCCCACUACGCCAGACUCGGCCACCCACGCAGGGCAUGGACCCAUCUGUGCUCGUCGAUGCUCUGGCAGCCAUCAUGGCUCAUGAGGAGAAAGAACUCUGCAAGGUGGGUCAACUUGCCAUGCUGCUCAUCACGGAGAACUCGGCGACAGUGCUGACAUCGCGAGAGCGGGCCUGCCAACUGCCACAUGUGGAAUACCUGGCAGAGCGGCUGUGUGCCCUGUGCUAUGACCGGGCAUGGUACGCCAAGUCCGGUGGCUGCUUUGCCAUCAAGUGCCUGGUGGAGCGGCUGCCGCUACGUUGGGUGCUGGGACACCAGUACCUCUUUCUCAAGGCCUUGUUCUUCAUCAUGAUGGAUCUGACAGGCGAGGUCUCCAAUGGAGCUGUUGACAUGGCUAAAUCCAACCUGGAAAAGAUGCUGACGGUUUGUGGUGCACCACUUCCUGCGGAUGCCCCGGAUGACCUGCGUGAAGUCCAGCGCAAGUCGCUGCACGAGGUGACGCUCGAGCUUGUCCGGCAGGUCACCUCGCCCAACACGUGUGUGCGGCAGCAGGCCAUCCACUCGCUGGAGGUGCUGGCGCAGGUGAUGGGCUGCUCAGUGGGUGCCCUCAUGGAGCCACACCGCGAUGUGCUGGCAGACAUGGUGCCACCCAAGAAGCACCUGCUUCGCCACCAGCCUUUGAAUGCACAGAUCGGGCUGAUGGAAGGGAACACCUACUGCACCAGCCUGCAGCCACGGCUGUUUGCCCUUGAUGUAAGCGUCGCCGAGCACAAGACUUUCUUUUCCGAGUUGGUGAGCUUGUGCGAAGCUGACGAUGAGGCACUGCGCAAGCUGCCCUGCUACAAGGGAUGCGGCCCUGCAGCGCUGGUGUCGUUGCGGCGAGCGGCUCUGCGAGCACUUGCCACGUGCCACUACCUGCCCUGCCGCGAGCGAGUCUUCCAUGUCCUCUACCGGGCACUCAAUGCCCGGGACCCUGAACUUCAAGAGGCAGCCUUUCAAUGCAUGUCUGACUUUGUGGCUGCCUGCAACAUUGACAUGGAAAUGGUACACAAGGCAAUCCGGUCACUGCUGAUGUUGCUGGGGGACUUCAGGCAGCUGUCGCUGAGCGUGAUCCAGCGCCUGAGCUACCUCACCCAGCUGUUUCCUCACACAUUCAACGAGAAGCUCUGCGAUCAGCUACUGCAGCACCUGGGCUGCUGGCUUGAGGUGGCUGUGCGCACCCCACACCGUGGUCCCAACGCCACCGAAGUUCGCCAGUGCGCUGCCAUCAUUGCCAUCUUCCAUCAGAUUCCCGCAGCAGGUCCGGCAUUUGUCAAGCCGCUCGUCACACUUGUCCUGCGUCACGAGCAGCAACUCAUGGUGGAGGCUAGCAGUCCCUUCCAGGUUGGCUUCCGUCUUAGCAACACCAAGUGCAUGGCAGUGGUUGACCUCUGGAAAAAGUUGCAGCACUCCAACCUUGUGCACUUGCGGGAGGUGUUCACCACUAAGGCAUUCGGAGACCACUCAAUGGUGUUUGUCUAUGAUUACCACGCUGGUGCGGACACCCUGAUGAACCAGUACUUCAGCCAGCCUUCUGUGCCAACGCUGAAUGGUUUCUGCCCGCCCAUCUAUCCACAGCCUUCCAAUGGGCUCACAAGGCCUUUUUCACAUGGAAAGCCUGAUAAGGGGGCCGCUCAAGGGCAGCUGUGCAUCGCGCGAGACGGCAAUCCAGCACAACAGCGCUUCUUCUAG